AUGGCGGACACGAACCCCAAGCACAAGCCUUCCAUGGAGAAGAGCGACAUAGAUGUCGCAGAGGUGCUGCACUGCGACACGCACCCCUCUGCUGAGGAGAUGGCAGAGGCCAUUGCCGCCGCCAAGCUCUCGCCGCUCAGCCGGCCUCUGCUCAAGCUGUACGGCUUUUGCGUGAUUGCGUUUCUGUGCUCGACCAUGAACGGCUACGACGGCUCCAUCUUCGGCUCUCUGCCGGCCAUGGAGUCCUUCCGUGAGCGCUUCCAGGUCGGCAAGACGGGCACCAAGCUCGGCUACAUCUCAGCCAUCUACACCGUCGGCACCGUCGCCUCCCUGCCGCUCACCGGCCCGGCGUGCGACGUGCGCGGCCGCCGCGCCGGCAUGUUCUUCGGCAGCCUCAUCGUCAUCGCCAGCACGAUCCUGUCAGCGCUCGCCAGCAACACGCCGGCGUUUGCGGCGGGCCGGUUCUUCCUCGGCUUCGGGGUGAGCAUCGUGCGGUGCGCGAGCUCCAUCUGGUGCGCCGAGAUCAGCCCGCCGGCGUACCGGGGCGUGCUGACGGCGUUUUACAACUGCACGUACGCGAUUGGCGCGCUCAUGGCGGCGGGCGUGACGCGCGGCUCGGUGCGGUACGCGGGCGACGCGCAGUGGCGCAUCCCCGUGUGGUGCCAGCUCGUCUGCCCGGCCAUUGUCGCCGUGUGCGUGCUCUUCUUCCCCGAGUCGCCGCGGUGGCUGUUUGCGCACGACCGCGAGGCUGAGAGCCUCGCGUUCCUGACGCGCUACCACGGCGACGGCAACCCGCAGCACGCGCUCGUGCGCAUGCAGAUGGAGGAGUACCGGCUCGUCAUCUCGCUCAAUGGCUCGGACAAGAAGUGGUGGGACUACAGCGACCUGUACAAGAACCGGGCGGCGCGGUGGCGCAUGUUCAACGCCCUCAUCCCGUCCGUCUGGGGCCAGUGCUCGGGCAACGCCGUCGUCAGCUACUACCUGCCCGCCAUGCUCAUGACCACGGGCAUGACGCGGGCGGACCAGAUCCUCAACAUCAACCUCGGGUACACGGCCGUCGCCACCGUCGCUUCGUACAUCGGCGCCAGCCUCAUCGAGAAGAUGGGCCGCCGCCCGACGAGCAUCUGGACGUCGGUCGCGUGCUCCCUGUGCUUUGCCGGCAUCACGGCCGGCACGGGCAUCUACGCGUCGACCAAGGCGCAGAGCGCCGCCUCGGCCGGCGUCGCCUUCAUCUUCAUCUUUGGGUGGUGCUACAACUUUGGCAUGACGCCGCUGCAGGCGCUGUACCCCGUCGAGUGCCUCUCCUACGAGCAGCGCGGCAAGGGCCUGGCCUUUGUCUUUGCCUUUGUCCACUGCCUGGCUUUUGUCAACCAGUUCUGCUUUCCCAUUGCGCUGCAACACAUUGGCUGGAAGACGUACUUUGUCUUUAUCGCGUGGGAUCUCAUCCAGGCCACCAUCAGCUACCUCUUCUCCGUCGAGACAAAGGGUCGAUCCCUCGAGGAAAUGUCGGAAAUCUUUGACGCUCCUAACCCUGUCAAGGCUUCGCUGCGCAAGAGGAAGGUCACUUCUGAUGUAUUGAGCUAG